ACAAAAUGUCAACGUAACGGACGAAUUUCGUCGGCGUCGUGCGGCAAGAAAGAAAAGAAACAAAAAAUUAAAAUUCGAUUUAUUUUUGUGCGCGCUCGAAAAUUUUUUGCAUAUUCUCGGCGUGUGAGUGCCAAAAAUGUUAUAAAAAUAAAACAACAAAAGAUUUAAUGAGCCCGGCGCCCGGUUCUAGAUAUUUAUAGUAUAUUUUAUAAAGCAACAACAAAAGAAAAAGCAUCACAAAAAUUAUAAAGGAAUUAGUGCAAAAAAGAGUGAAACUAAAUGGUAUCAACAAUUGUAGAGCAAACGUGCCUAUUGAAGUGAAUUUCGCGUAAGAAAGUAAACUGAUAAGACGUCUCUUAUCAAUCACAAAAUAAUAAAAAAGUAUACAUAUAUUUUAAAAAUCGUGCAGAAUCUACAAAAAGUUGAGAAGCUAAAUAAGAAGAGUUUAGCAAAAAGUGAACAAAGUGAAUAUUUGAAUACCUUUUAUACAAAGUUGCGCCAUGAAGAAGCCAAAAUAAUUAACCAGGAAUCAGAGUCAAAGGCCAACAGUAGCACAAGUGAGAAAAGACACACACAACAACAGACAGAGAGAGAGAGAGAGAGAGAGCGAGAGAGAGAGAGAGAGAGAGAGCGAGCGAGAGAGAGAGAGAGAACGAACCCGUUUUCGGGCUGCAACCAUCAAAAGGCCAUAAAAGACUGAGCGAACGGAAGUCGGCAAUUGGCUGGCAGCCAUGACGACGACGUCGCUGCAACAGAAGCGUCCCAGCAUCAGCAACUGGUUCAGCUCGCUGCGCCGCCAGCCCAAGAGCAAGAAGAGCGGCUCGCUGGGCGGCCGCAGCGUCGGCAGCUUUGGCAGCAAGCAGCAACUGCAGCGCAGCUGCUUCGAUCUGAGCAUCAAUGCCGUCGGUGGCGCCACGCCCACGGGGGAUGGCAGCGAGCUGCCUGGCAGCCGCAGCAGCAGCACCUUUUACAUCACAGCGCCCCCCAGCAAGGCCGAGGAGGAUCGCCGCCGACUGUUGGGCAACACCAGCAGCAGCUCCAGCGGCGGCGGCAGCGGCAACAGCAGCAGCACCACCAUCAGCAGCGGCGUCUGUGCGCGCUGCUUUUGCAACCUGGGCAGCCUGGUGGGCAAGAAGGAGCAGCCGAAGAAGCUGCAUGUGGACGUUAAGCCGCCUCCGCCCUCGCCGGCGGCCAUCUCCACGCCACGAUCGCCCCGCUCGCCCUCGCUGUCGCCGUUCACCAGCGUGGCCACCUAUAAGGUGACCUCGCUGCGAGCCGAGAGUCCGCCGCCCGCGAGUCCCACGCUGAGCACGGAGACCGUUAGCUGCAGCGAUGUCAGCCGCAAGGUGGAGCUGCUGCGUCUGCCCAGCGAAGAGCCGAACACGCAGCUCUUCAACCGGCGCUCCGAGCUGACCCACACAACCACCACAACCACCACUCGCACUCUCAUCAUAUCGCGGCCCGUCGAGCUGCUGCUCAAUGAGCGGGGCGAGAUCAUCUCGAGGCGUCCGCCCCAGGCGCCGCGCAAGUCGCGCUCCAACUCGCUCGGCUGCAUGCUGGACGUUGCCGAGGACGGCAUCGAUAACGAGGCACUGCAGCUGGACUCUGAGUCGGAGAUGGUCAACUCAGGCCUAAGCUCACCGCUGACGCCAGAGGCGGGCGAUUUGCGGUUCAUUGACGACAGUUCCAAUUCGCAAAGCGAAUCCGAACGCAACUCAGUCAGCCAGAACCACAACAGCAGCAAUUGCAAUAGCAAUAGCAACAGCAACAGCAUUGCCGACAACAACAACAGCAGCAAACAGCUGAACAACAAUCACAGCAGUAGCAACAACAACAACAACAAUAACAACCAACAGGCGAAUCUCUGCGAGAGUUGUCGAACGCUCAUGGAGCGCAAUCGCAACAAUGCGGAGCAGAGCAAUGUCGCCAUCCUGAGGCGACCGCAGCAAAUCAAAGAUGAGCUGUGCGAAGUCGUAUCGGAAAUGGAAGCGCUCGAUGUGCCCGAGGACAAGCAUUCCAACAAAGAUAAACAAAUGUCGAUUGGGCGGAAAAAGUUCAAUAUGGAUCCCAAGAAAGGCAUUGAGUAUCUCGUGGAGAAUCGACUGUUGCGCCACGAUCCCCAGGAUGUGGCGCACUUCCUGUACAAGGGCGAGGGCCUGAACAAAACGGCAAUAGGCGAUUACCUCGGCGAGAAAAACGAUUUCAACGAGGAUGUGCUGAAGGCAUUUGUGGCCCUCCACGAUUUCACCAAUCUGAUACUGGUGCAAGCUCUAAGGCAAUUUCUGUGGUCGUUUCGGCUGCCCGGCGAGGCCCAGAAGAUCGACCGAAUGAUGGAGACAUUCGCCCAGCGCUACUGUCAGCUCAAUCCGGACAUAUUCACCAACACGGAUACCUGCUACGUGCUCAGCUUUGCCAUUAUAAUGCUCAACACAUCACUGCACAAUCCAUCGGUCAAAGACAAACCCACCGUGGAGCAAUUCAUCUCGAUGAAUCGUGGCAUCAACAACGGCGGUGAUUUGCCCCGUGGCCUGCUUGAGUCACUGUACGAGUCGAUACGCACAGAGCCCUUCAAGAUACCCCAAGACGAUGGCAACGAUCUGAUGCACACCUUCUUCAAUCCCGACAAGGAGGGCUGGCUCUGGAAGCAGGGCGGCAGCAAAUCCCUGCACAGAUACAAAUCGUGGAAGCGACGAUGGUUCAUACUGAACGACAACUGCCUGUAUUACUUCGAGUAUACCACAGAUAAGGAGCCGCGCGGCAUAAUACCGCUCGAGAAUAUAUCGGUGCGCGAGAUACAGGAUCGCAGCAAGCCGCAUUGCUUUGAGCUGUUUGCCACCGGCGGCGCCGAUAUCAUCAAGGCAUGCAAGACUGAUUCCGAGGGCAAGGUGGUAGAGGGCAAGCACACGGUUUACCGCAUGUCGGCCUCAACGGAGGAGGAUCAACAGGAAUGGAUCAAGCGCCUGACACAGUCCAUCAGCCACAAUCCGUUCUACGAUAUUCUGGUACAAAGGAAAAAGAAGGCGCUCAGCAAGAGUUAGUAUUAGAUCGGCGCUGGAUGGGCGUGACCCCGAUGGGCGUUACUCUUGUAUUGGAUCUCAGUGGAAUAUUGCUGCGUGCGCUUGCGUUUGCGUCUGUAUGUGUGUGUGCGUGUGCGUGUGCGUGUAUGCGUCUGUGGGUGUCCACAGUAAUUUCGUUGUAUGCGUGUGUGCAACUGUUUGUCUUGAGUGCUUCAGUGUGUGUGUAUGAAUAUGUAUAUGUAUAUAUUAUAUAUGUGUAUAUUGAAUAAUAUUUAAUUAAAUAUUGCCUUUGUUAUUUGGUCGAGCCUCGAAAGCUGUGCGCACAAACUCAUAUCAAAGCUCACACACGUAUUACGCACACAGACACACCCACACACAAAGACACCAUCUUUGUCUCUAUUGUUGUGAUAUAAAUUAUUUACAUUAAGCAAAUUAAAAACAAACAAAAAUGAUAAUUUACAAAUUGGCAGCAAAUAUAAACUGUUAAAUCGAAUGAAAUACAAUUUUCAAUUAGUGCAAAUUAUGUUAUGUUUAGUCUUCGAAUAUGUCUUCAACCUAGUAUUAGUAUCUGAGAGUUGCGCUCACAAUCCCCCCACCCCAUAUUGUUUAACGUCUUUAGUGCUAUGAAACAUAUCCCAGCAGCCUGUUAAAAUUAAUUAUGCUUGGCAAUUAAUAUAAAAGUUUAUUGUGAAAUUA